AUGGAGGAUAUUAGUAGAACUUCAUCGACAGAGAUGCCCAAAAACACACAGGAGAUCUCCGAUACAAAACCAGAGAACGUGGAGAAACUCGGUGCUCCUCCGGAGGCACAGCCGCCUCCUCGUGUUCCGCCCAUUAGUCUGCUUCAACUUCCAUUCGAAAUGCGUCUACAGAUUUACCGCCAUAGUAUUCCCCGAAAGCGGGUGGUUUCCUCGACCUUCGUGUUUGAUGAAUUUUGUACCAGAUGGUAUCUCGGGGAAGUGGACGACCACGACUGUUUCGACACGAAGCUCAUCUCGGGCGGCGAUAUGAACGAGAGCGAUUAUCAGGGUCGCAAGUCCAAAAAUGGCACCACCAUUUUCCUUCUAUCGAAGCAAAUCAGCGAGGAGGCUUUGGAUGUUCUUUAUGGAGAGAAUAUUUUCAGGCUUCCUCUCGAUGGGGCAGGUCAAGAUUGGCUCAAGACUUUCACAGAGGCAAACAGACGAAGGAUACGGUACCUACUCCUCACCGCCAGGCCACAGCUCCCAUUACUCGUACAGCUAGAACAGGGCCUUUGGUAUCUGAAGCACAUACCAGAUAAUGCACUGUUGUCAUCCAUUGUCCCAAGAUUGAAGGGCCUACGUAUUGUGGAUAAGGAACCCAUAGAUAUUCCAGGGUACUUCACCGAUGAUGGACGCCAAAAGGCGAUAGAGAAGUGGGUUGGAAAGACCCGGCCUUUUCUAGGAUGCAUUGGUCAACACUUGUCCAGUGCGACUGUUGUCGAAGUUGAGAGUAACAACCGGCCAGACAUAAAUGGGCUUACUAAGGAAUGCCUGCCGAAUGGUUUUAGGUAUGUCCUAUAUCCAAUCACUGGCGAUUCCCUAUUCCAAACCGAACGAUUCCCGGAUUAG